CGUAUUUUGAUAUUCCCUUUUUAUACCAGAUAAAGAAUCUAUAUUCCGCCUUCUAUUCAGCUACCCUCUCCUCCUUCCGCUCCAACCACAUACUCUUGCUACGCCAUCCCUUUGCUUCUUCUUACUAGUGUACCGUUUCCAUUCCUCAAAAACACAAAAAAAAUUUGACGUUAGGGAUAUUCUCAGUAUGCGCCUGCUACCGUCCGUUAGCUUCCUUGCUGUAUGCAUGCUGGUCAAGGGAGCACCCUCAGGCUGGGAAGUGAAUCCUGCAGUGGAUACCUCGGCUGACUGGUCGGCCGACCCGGCAGCAGCCAGCAAUAAUGUUGGUAACUCGGUUGCAAAUAUUGACUCUAGCACCAACAUCAUUAAUACCGAGAUCGAGUACCCUGACGACACGCAGAUGACGGACAACACAGGCACAGCUGUGUCCGGAAACAACAACGACGUGAUGCCGAUCAUCAACGCUCCUGUCACGGUUAUUGUCAAUGAGGCACCCAGUAACCACCAGCAAGCAAACCCAGCGCCGGUCGCCCCAUGGGGACAUCCGCCAGGCCAUCCAAACGCUUCCCAGGUCGCUGGGCAGCAGCCACCCGCAAGCACUCCAUUGCAGCAGCAGCAACAGCCACCAGUCGAUCCAUUUACCGCCAACAUCCAGAAUCUCAUUGCAUACGCACUUGCUCUAAGGCAAAGCCAGCUCCAGCCCCAGUGACCCCUCAUAGUGUUCUAUGUUGUUUUGCUCACAGGUAAAUGAAUGCCUUUAUUAAAACCCGUACAAAAAACGGCCCGAUAGGCAUUUCAGUUUGA